UAAGUGCAACCUUAGGACAAUUACUACAAUACCCAAACCAAAGAAAGAACUUAGCUGGCAUAUUAAGACGACCAUUACCCCCACACGAGGCAAACUUAUUAAAUUCAGAGACAACGCGAAGAACCACCGCAGCUCGAUGCUAUGUAAGAAUCCAUAAUAAUCCGGUAAUAGCGGUUCUAGACUCAGGUGCAGCCAUAAGCAUUAUGUCUAGUAAACUAAGGCAUAAAUUAGGGUUAGAAAUUAAUGAUAAUUCAAUAACCACGGUAAUAAUGGCAACCAGUGCACGUGCAAAGACUCUGGGUAGGGUAAAGGACGUUGAAAUAACAAUUCAAGACGUGAGGGUACCAAUUUUCUUACAAAUAAUAGAAUUCCCAGAAGAAACCCUAUUAUUAGAAACCGAUUGGUUCCAAAAAGCCAACGCCCAACUAUAUUUCGAUAGUCAAAAGUUGCGUAUAUCGAAUGACGAAAAAGCAGUAGAAAUCCCAAUCUCCAAUACAGGCAUCGAAACACUUACACCAAGUUAUGGAAAACAGGAAUAUGAUAGUGAUGGAGGUGAUACAUUUGAUGAGUUUGACUAUGAAGAGGACAAUCUGGAGGAAAUAGACAGGUAUUUUACAGAUGAAUGGUCAGAGGUAGAUAACCAGCAAUUAGGUCAAGAAAGAGAAAGCGAAGAAAACCCAGCACUAUUCCUUACCGAUAUAAACGAACCCCCACUUAACGAAACAGAAGGAAA